AGACAAAGUAUGAAGUGUAUAAAGCAUAUAAAGGAUAUAAAGGAUAAAAAUCAAUAAUAAAUAAAAGGAUCUUGAUGCCCCCAUCAGUGUGAAAGGUUUGCUUUCAGUCACCCAAAGUGCAUCCUAACCCUUUUUUUAAAAAAAGUUAUGUGUCCAUUACCUAUUUUCCCAAAAAAAAAAAGAAAAAAAAAAGAAGAUUAGUAUUGUCCUAUCGCUUUCUCCUUUGGUAGCAAAUAUACGUUUCUGGCGACCGUGGUGAUGACAUGGCGAUCUUUCCACCCAUUUGAUUGUCUUGAUUGACAGACACGUUGCUUGAUUUUCUCCUCCCAAAAGCAAACGUUUCCUUUUAUUUAUUUUCUGAAAAACUUGUUUGUGAAGUUUGAAUUUCAAACAACAGAAUCACAGUCAUACUAGUUUCAUUUCAUAUACUCAAAAAAGUAAAGGUUGAUGGCCAUGGAGGAGGCUAGAAAGGAACUGGGUGUUGAUCAAAAGAAGGAAGAAGAGAAAUGGGUAACCCACUAUUCAUCCAAGCAUCAAAUUCUCUUAGUGGGCGAAGGAGAUUUCUCUUUUUCUUUGAGUUUGGCCUCUUCUUUUGGCUCUGCCUCUAACAUUUGUGCUACUUCUCGCGACUCAAAAGAUGAUGUCAUCAACAACUACAAGAAUGGCAAGUGGAAUUUGGAAAAUUUGAAGAAGCUGGGAGCAUCCAUUUUGCACGGAGUAGAUGCAACCAAAAUGAAGAAACUUGUUGACUUAAAAAAGCGCAAGUUCGAUCGAAUUAUCUUCAACUUCCCUCAUUCAGGCUUCCAUGGAAAGGAGAGUGACGACCGGGUGAUUCAGAAUCAUAAGACUCUUCUGAGUAGAUUCUUCAGCAAUGCACGUGGAAUGCUUCAAGUCAAAGGUGAAAUACAUGUGAACCACAAAACCACACCCCCUUUUUGUAAUUGGAAUCUUGAGGAACUGGCUUUUGAAAAUUAUCUGAAGCUGAUUGUUAGGGUUGAGUUCAAAAUAGGAGAUUACCCUGGUUAUAACAAUAAGAGAGGGGCUGGUCCAAAAUGUGAUGAACCCUUUCCUUUGGAUUUUUGCGAUACCUACAAAUUUGGAUUUUUGGAUAGAGCUGAGAACAUGUCUCACCAAUUUCAGGACUCCCCAGCUCAAAUACAGCUGCAGCCAAACAUAUCUGCUUUCAAUUAUAGUCAUAGAAAAUGCAUUGCAGCUGUGAAUCCCUUUCCACCCCAACCACAAUUGCCUUCUACAGUGGAUGCCAUGAAUGAUUGCUCUUGGAAUUUUAACACAUGCUCAAAUGCUGCAUUUGGAAGAGAUAUCAAUAAUCCAAGACAAGCAGAGCUGCCGUGCACUUUAUCUUAUUUCAGUUUGUCACCAAGAAGUCACAUUCGAUGUCAUGGGGGGCUGCUUCCUACCAUCAAUGCCGGACCUAGAAGCCAUAUCAAUUAUCCAAACCAAGCGGGGUUGCUGCCUAGAUAUCACACUACCAAUGUGAACGACAUUCAACCCCGUUUGGAGUUGACUUCUACCAUCUGUGCUGGAAGAGAUACUGAAUAUCGAAGCCAAGCACGGCCACAACAUACUUUUCCUAAUUUCAGUUGGCCACAUAGAGAUUGCAUUACUGACAUGAAUCACAUACGACCUCAUGUGGGGUUGCCUUCUACCAUCAAGCCUGGGAAUGAUCACUCUUGGGACUUUGGUGGCAACUUUAAUGGUCCAGUUGAAACAUAUCCAAGGCCUUCUUGUAACGUGCAGUGUUCUGCUGUUGAAAGAUGGGGGUAUAAUUUUGAUGUGCCAUACUCUUUACCUGAGGGAGCAAAGCAUGGCUUCGGAAGACGGAUGGUGGAAGUGCAAAAAAGAACCUCCGGAGAAGACUUGUAUUUAAAGCAUGAGAACCACAUGAACUUCUCGAGUUUAAAGCGGCGAAGGGUGCAGCCAGGGGUGCUGCAACUCUAAUCUACUUGCUAAAUGCUGGUGAGACUUGGGAAUUGUGGUAAUGAUAUUGGAAUCUAAGAGGAUGUAUAUAGAUUUGUGUUCGCCAACACUUUAUUGAUGUUUUGAGUUAUGAAGCUAGCUAUGCAUUAGUGCGUAUAGCGUCAACUAUGCAAGGACUGUUCCUUGCAUAGACUGAGAAUCUCUUUUGGAAACUAUAUUUUGGAUAAAAUAGUUAGGUUAAA